UACAUUACCCAGAAUCCUCUGCUGAAAACACAACACUAGUAGCUGCACAUGUGUUUCAUCAUGGCGGCCCCCGCUAAAAAGAUGGUUGGGGUUUCGGACGACUCCAGCAGCAGUGACGACGAAGUACUUAAAAGAUGUCAGGAGGCGGUUUGGGAGACGAAGGCUGUCAAAAGCAAAGAUGCGGAUGCCAGUGUGAAAGAGUCAAAGCGUCUCGUUGUCGCUGACCAUGAACAUGACGGCAACGAGCUCCAGGUCACGCCAGGAUUCCAGACGCAUGUUGCCAGAAAGUUAGGACACUUUCUUGACAGUUGUAUUUCAGAGAUAAAGCCUCAAACUUCAUCCUGUUUAGAACCAGCUAAAUGUAACAAAGAUGAGGAGGAGGAGGAGGAGGAGGAAGGAUUUCGUCUGUUUUCUACAUCCGUCCCAGGAAAGAAAGCUGAAGAUCCUCCCGCCCCCGUAAGGCGUCGGCCUGCUCCCAGCUCAAGCGACAGCGAUGAUGAGAUGGAAAUGAGGCUGAAAGAGGCAGCGGUGUCUGUCAAAGAUCUGUUACCCUCGUUGGUGCUCUCACCCCCUUCGAUGGAGUCUCCUUGCUCGGUAAAAAUGACAAAGACGAAGAAGAAAGAUACAGAGGGAGAAGAGAGCCGCGUUAAGAAGAAGAAGAAGAAGAAGAAUCAGGAGGAUGGGGAACAGGUGGACUCAGAUUCUACUCCUGAUGCUCAGAGUAAUGGUGAGCUCACAAACUCAGAACAGGAACACAUGCAAGUCAAAGUAAAACGGAAAAAGAAGAAGAAGAGGCAAGAAGAAAACGCAGAGGAAGAAGCAUCGCACUGAUUUUUUUUUUUUUUUUUUUUUUAAAUGACUUUCUGCCACGGUGAAUUCAAAGAUUUAAAAUAUUUUUAUUCAAAAGCUGGGAUUGGUCUUUACUUUGUCAUUAAUGAUGUUUA